AUGGAAUUGACUAAAGCCAAUCUCGAACAACAAGUGAGCCAGGAAGAACACCAAUUUCUACAAAAAGCUCAUGAAAUCGCCUAUAAGUGAUUUUCCAAACAAAAGAGACAGAUUAGCACUAUGGAUAAACUAGUAGUAAAUUAUGCCUUAAAGUACGAAUCUAAGGGACUUUUGAAGACAAUAGAACAUUUUGGAGCUCCUAGGUUGAAAUAUGUGCAUGCAAUACAGGAUUCGAAUUAUGGAUAUUUUAGAAAGUUCAUUAAGACUUCACGUAUCAAAGAGUUCUUGUCAUUAAAUAUAAAACUUGAUGCGAACAAAAUAGAGAAGUAUUCUUAUUAUCAUAGGUUUAUUAUUAGACUUCUCCCUCGUGUUACCAACUCAUUAAGUCUUUGUAAAUGUAAAAUAGCCCCGAACCAAUUAAGAAAAUUCAUACAAAUUGGAAGGCAUAUCAAAGAUAUCCAAUUUAUUCAGUGUAAUAUUGUGUUUGGAAAGAUUCAGUUCAAUAACAAUCUCCAUUAUUCCAUUAGAUCUAUUGCUUUCAACAUGGAAAAUUGUGUGCAAGAAUUGACCGAAGAAAAUAUAUUAGAGGGCAUUAAAUGUACCUUAACUGCAGCCUCUCUUACUGACCUCAAAUCUUCUCUCAAUAGUGUGAAGAUCAGUAGAAUUAAAUUAAAAGCUAGUAUUAAAGAGCAUACAAGAAGUCUUGGCUUUGAUAAAGUAAGAGUGUGUAUAGACCUAUCUCAUUUAUCUGAAUAUCGGCUUGUUCAAUAAUAUAAUAUCUGC